GUCAGAGUUCACUAUGUGAAUAGCCGAUGACUAGGCGAUCGAAGGUCCCGGUUUGGGCUCAAACGUGAAUUGAAUACUUUGCGCUAUAUGGGAUUUCAAUCACAACAUAUAACAGCCUAAGUGCCAGCAAGCUUAACUGCAACGGGGGUUACCUCACCACCUCAGCCAUGCGUAAACGCUCAUGCGUAGACACUUAGGUUAUGGGCUGUCAACCAGCUGGACCUUGGGACUCGGCAGCGCUAGCCGGCGCUUCCGCCUGGCCGGGCGGUCCGUUGCCAAGGGUGCUUGUGCACCUCUUGGCAUCACAGGCAUUACUGUAUGCCAUAGCAUGGGCACUAUAUCUUUUCGGCAGCCUCUUUAGUUACAUAUCCGCGUUUGCGGCAUUUCUAUCGGCGGUCUUGCUGCCACUUCUCCUACUACCCAAGGCCCUUCCAGGCACGUUAACGCCAGCUAGCUGCCUAAAGGAUAAAUGCGAGCCCGAACCGCGGCGGGAAGCCGAGUCACAACUGUCAGGAUGCUCACAGCAACACGCGUCUGGUACCAGUAUGGAUAGCGUGGUUGCUACUACAUUGGCACAGCAAGCUACAACCACCGCACCAACCAUUUCAGCAACACGAACAACCGCGACCACGAGGCCGACACCGACGCCCAACACUGCAGCAGCUGCACAAGCCACAGCUCUUCUCAAGGCUACCCCAGCUUCCGCCACCGCAGCACCAGCAACCCAGCACUUAGGCUCAUCCAAGCGCGGUAACGGAGGCGGUGUCGGCGGCUGUGGCGUCACCAGUGGCGGCAGUGGCGGUGUUGUGGGCGGCAGCCUGAAGGCUCCCGUGGGCCUCAGUCGCUGCACAAUUGUGGAGGAUGCGCCCUUCCCGCCGCCCAACACGCAAGUGGUGAUGGAGCUGCAUGAGAGGACGCUGCGGGUGGGCGGCAGGCGGCUGCGGUACCGGGGCUACCGACCCGCGGACCGCACCCUGCCGCUGCAGAUGCAAAUGCAAGGGCCGCUGCUGGGCACGCCUGCAGACGCCGGUUGCGAGUUUGUGGCGGGUGCUGUGCCUCAUCAUCAUGACGCCCCCCACCUGCAUGCGCAGCAGCAGCACCACCACCAGCACCAGCCCUCGUUGCGGCGCAGCGGCCACUGGGCCGCACAGCAGCAGCAGGUGCCUCAACACCAACAUCACCUUCACCACCAGCCUCACCACCAGCAGCAGCACCACCUGCCCCACCACCACCACACCGGCUCACCUCACCACCACCUCAGCCUUAGCAUCAAGGUGCCCUGGGCGCAGCCCGGCGACCUGCUCCUCUCCGCUGUCGCCUCCUCAGGAGGUAGCGCCGGCAUCGUACACAAUGGCGGCGGUGGCGGGCUGCUGGAGUCCCUCAAUGAGGCCCUGGCCAGCGGCUCGGGCUACAUGGUGGUCGGCGCGGCGGUGCGACCGGGCUGCAUGCUCGUGCAACUCGAACUGCUGGCGACGACGGCGAGGCGGGGCCGUACAGGUACAGGUGCAGGUACAGCAACGAUGACAACAGAGGUGGGGGAUGGUGGUGGUGCCGCAGGGCGUCAUGGCAUGACGCUAUACGGGCGCAUGGGUGCGGGAUUGGGGGCGUUGACGACAAUUGGGGCGGAGGUGGAGGCGGGUGGUGGGCUGUACGACGGUUGGCUGUCGUACAUUGGUACGACGGAGAUGAAUGCUGGCGAGGAUGAAGAGGGGGAUGGCGGUGCUGGUAUUGCCAGGAUGGAGGCAACUGCACCGGAGCGCGGCUGCCAUCGGGGCAAGCGUAGCGCUCCCGCUGCAUUGGCGGAGCAUGUGGCGCGGGAGGUGGCUCUACUCGUGCCGCCGCCGCCUCCAUCAACCUCGCACGGUGGCGGCAGCGGCAAUGAGAUCUUGAUUACCCUGGGAGGCAGCCUGUCGUACAAUUUGUCGUACGAUGAAUCCGACAAGGAAUGGAUCGCUUCGAGGUUACCCGAGCUUUCUCAGCAGCUUGGCUGGCAGCCGGCACCUGCAGCGGCUCUAGCAGCAGCAGACGAGUUCGCCACGGACUGCAAGGGUGACAUGGGUGCGGGCGGCAUGCCGCAUGAUGACCCACGGGUCACUGCUACAUGGCAGCGAUUCGGCUACUGCUUGCGACAAGGUGGUCUGCGGAUGUCCGCCGCCUGCCCCGCUGUCGUCGUACCUGCUGCCGCUGCCGCGACUCCCGCCGCUGCCGUUACGGCGGCCUUGGAUGUCGCACUCGAGCGUCCUCCCGUCGCGGCGGAGUGUCCGCUGGUCCUGACCCUGUUGCUGGAGGUUGGGGACAGGGAGGCGGCGGAGUGGCUCGCCGCACAACUGCGAGAGGGGCUGGCGGCGGAGUUGCCGCCGUGCAGCUGCAUGGCUGCAAGCAGGGGGGAGUCGGGGCAGCAGCAGCAGCAGGCCCAGCAAGGAGGAGGUGAGGAGGAGGAGCUGUUGCGGAAGCAGCAGUGGCAGCUGGGCCAGCACCCGGAGCAAGGGCACCUGCAUGGCGGGGCGGAGGGGUGGCAGCUGGUGGCGAACUGCCUGGGCAGGAGCCUGCCGGUGGCGGUGCAGCAGGUUCAAGUCUUGGGUUCUCAGGACUACGCCACCGACAGCAGCGGCCCCGGCAGUGCCGCCACCGUCCGCAUCACCCUCGCCGUGAGCGGCUGUCGGGAGGCCCUCGAGGCCGCCUCCUGUCGCCUGGCGGCGCUCUCCUUGGAGCUUUGGUACGGCAUGUACGAGAUCUGCCAGGUGCCUGUAAUUGUCGUACAUGAGACUCAGCCACUGUCAUCACCAGCACCAUCAGCGUCACCAGCAACAGCAGCAGCAGCCAUAGCGGCGGAGUUGUGCGGUCUUGCUGUGAUGGCUGGCAGGGCUGCCGCUGACCCCAACGGCACGGCGGUGAUAUCAGCGGCGGUGACGACUGCGGCAGACGAAGACGGAGAUGAUGUGCCAGAUGGUGAUGAUGUACGGCAGGUCUUUGCGGAUCUGGGUAUGCUGGAGCUCUACACGGCGUCACAGGGUACGGCAGUUGGUGUCAGCAGCGGUGUCGAGGGCAGCGAUGGCACCUCAUGUGACGGCCUAGGGGACCCUGAGGCUGAGGCACAGGCAGCAGCGACGCUUGGCAGAUCACCGCCUGCGGCGGCUUCGGCCGCGUGGGCAGCUGCACAGCUGCUUGCAGGCAGCAUUGACCUCUCCACCGAGCUGCAGCUCCUAUUGGCCCAGCCCAACCCGCACCAGCGGCAGACAGUGGUGCUGGUCGGAUCCAAUCUGCUGUCGUACACACUGCAACAAGGUAUGCCGUACACCGCCAGUGUCGUGAAGGACUGCCUUGCGCGGCUGGGCUGUAGCCUGCAGGAGGCUGAUGAGCUGUCCGCUGCAGCCGCUGCGGGUGAGACGGAGGACCUUUGGCUCCUCCCUGCUGCUGGCGUCCACCGUCCCACCGACGGCCGCAGCGGCAGCGACGAGGAGGGCGGCCUCUUACAUCACGAUGGUGUUCCACCGACCGAAGGUUGUGACGAUGGCGGGGCUGACGCCGUCGCACUCCUCGCCAUCGCCGCUGGUGCAGUCAGCAGCAGCCCCACGCCCAAGCGGGCUUUGCUCAGCGCUGCUACGUUUACUGUCACUGCUCCGGAAGAAGCCCAUUCAGCUGCCGCCUACGAAGACAGUAACAACGAUUGCUGCGAGAGCGGACUGCCGCUCCUUCACCUUGCCGUAAUCUCCGGCAGUCUCCCUGUCGUACAGCUUGUACUGCAAUGGGCUGCGGCGGAGGGCCUGGGGCCCGAGUGGGUGCUCCGGCGCUACCGCGGCCGCUCGGCGCUGCAGGUGGCCGCAGCGGCAGGAGGACAUGUGGCGUUAACGGUCGCUGCCGUGGCCGAUGUAGCCGGGGAACGCACCCAUGACAGCAGCAGCGGAGGCGGUGGAAAUGAUGUUGGCGUCGGUGGCGGUGCUGGAUGCGGAAGUGGACAAAGCGCGGCUGUUGGCGAUGAUGACGGCAACCGCAGCCGCAGCGCCCGUCCCUACACAGCGUACCUCGCUCGAGUGGAGCAGCUGCUGCUGGCGUGGCGGCGGCAGCAGGAGCAGCGGCGACCGGGUUGCGAUGGCCGCCUCCUUCCAGCAGGUGGCUGUGCUGAGCAGGAUGUGCCGCCAUGUAAGGCGGAGGCUACUGCAACGCCAACCACCACUGCUGCUGCUGCUGCUGUCGCUGCCGCUGUCCCAAAUAUGGUGUGCGAUGCCCGGGGUCGGUCGGAAGCAACCACUGGUCGCCUGGCUUCACCAUCGCUGGGAGAGAGGGCGGUACUGGCUGCAGCUUGGGUGCAGCGGCAUGGGGAGGAAGAGGAGGAAGAGGUGGAGCAGCAGAAGCCUAAGCCGUAUGCCGCCCUGCACCCUGCGACUGCGACCGUUGCCGGAAGUCCUGUUACCGGCAAACCGUCCUGUCAGGACGUGCGUCGCCACUACUCUGCCACUGUGUCGUACAUCAUCCGCCGUACGGUGUGGUACAACAAUUGUUGGGUUGCGGCCACGUGUUUUUUGCUGAUAGCUUCAAUGAUGAUGCUGUUGCGGUUGCUACAGUAAUGGUUCUUGUUCGACAAGAGAUGCAGUUAUGGCGGCAACACAGCAUCUUGCUGCGCCCGUCGGCCGGGCUACCCUUGGGUUGUUAGGGUUUGAACGGCGAUGACGGCAGAAGUGCGAUGCACCAAGCGGGUUGUUGGAUCAUUGGAAGCAUGGGUCCAUGGAAGCAAGGGUCGUUGGAUUGGCCUCCUUUCGUACAUACAUGAUGCGCGGGACUGAAUAUAUCCCCUCUGAGGUUCAAGCUGGCGUGGUAUCAGAUGGUUCCAGAUUUAGGAGCACAUUGGAAUGUUUACACUUUUAAACCCAAAAUAAGAGCAACAAUGUUAUGGUGGCAGAAUGGUGGUGUGCCUAUGGACAAGGGCGCGGUGAACCUAGGGACCUGAACUCAAAAUCAGCGGAAGUAGCACGUUUGGAGUUGAAGUUGGUCUAUUGUUUGUUGUAUAGCCAGCUCAGCCCCUUUCAUAUUGAAGGUGGCAUGUCUGUGACUGCUAAAAAGAACAGUAUACCACGUCUGGGCGCUUCCUUAAUAUGCGAGUUCUCAUGUUUGAUAGCUAGGUUGCUUGUUUUGCUGGGGGGUUUGUGGCAAGCAACUGCGUUAAUACAAGAGAUUUUCUUCCUCACAUGGCUCAUUCAUUUCCUAGUGAUUCAAGCGUCUUGAAGUCUGCACACGUGGCUUUGUCGGAAACAUGCCAGCGCGGAUACUUGCUGAAUAAGUCGUUAGGAGGUGAAAGACAGGCCCCGUUGUAGGGGGGUCGCCAAAGCCCGUUAAGCCCAGUUGAUGGGCUCAGGCUUCCUAAGCGGGAAGGCCCACGACCUGGAUCUCUCACGUCGGUGCCGUUCUUUCCCGCAAUAAGCAUCAAUGUUUUGUGCGAUUUAGGUUGUGUGAAUUCUUAAGGGAGUCGUCCCAAGUCGAGUGUGUAUGUACAGGUUGCCUUAAGAUCCCGUUGAGGUUGGGUUGUACGAACCUAAGCAUAACUUUGUAGGGGUCUCUUUACUUCAGUAACCCAUGAUAAGGAAUUCUAUUUACUGCCCUUUCUGGGCUAAGGGAGCUUUGGCUAGCUACCUUAGCCGUGUGUAGAAGGCUCGCACGCCGACCCGGGCACCAUUUAUUACGCAGAGCAGGCCCCAAAGGCGGCCUGUGAUGCGCCCUGAUGGAAAAGGGCAUAGCUUUGACAUGAUUGUGACCUGGCCCCUGGCGUGUGCUGACAUCGUGACAUGCUACACACGCAUGCAUACUGUAACUGUAAUCACGUAAA